AUGUCAUCGUUCCCAGAUUCCCGUACACCACUGACUGGCGAUGGACGUACAUCACGUCCUUCGCCUCUGGCGCAUUUCGUCGAUAUUGCAAAGUUGGCGUUUUACUCUUCUCCUGCUAACUACCUGCUGGUGUUUUUACCCUUUGGUCUUGCCGCUGGAGUUUUAGAAUGGUCUUCUGGGUUGAUAUUCUGGCUCAACUUCCUUGCAAUCAUCCCGUUGGCUGCACUGCUUGCCUUUGCGACUGAGGAACUCAGUGCCCACGUUGGUGAAACCCUUGGUGGGUUGCUCAACGUGACCUUUGGUAACGCCGUUGAAGUUAUCGUCUCCAUUGUCGCCUUGAAGGAAAACCAGAUACGUAUCGUUCAAGCCUCGAUGCUCGGCUCCAUCUUGUCCAAUCUGUUGCUUGUGUUGGGUUGUUGCUUCAUUGCUGGCGGGUACAACCGUCUUCAGCAACAGUUUAACCAAACGGUUGCACAGACUAUGAGCUCUUUGAUGUGUCUCGCCACUGCGGGUUUGGUUAUACCAGCGGCUUUCCACGCCUCAAUUCCAAAAUCUAACGAUCCUAGUUCUUUGGAUAGAGAAAUCCUCUCCUUUUCCAGAGGUGCAUCUGUCGUGCUAUUGUUCAUCUACAUCUUGUACCUAUACUUCCAAUUGGGAACCCACAAGAGACUGUUUGAAGGCAUUAACGAAGAGUGCGAUGGGAAUGCUCCAAAGGAAGGGGAUCCAGAACUGUCUCCGCUGGCUGCUCUGUUGAUGCUUUUAGGUGUCACCAUCAUCGUUGCCGUAUGUGCUGACUACUUGGUCGGCUCCAUCGAUGAUAUUGUUGCUACAUCCGGAUUGUCCAAGACAUUUAUUGGUCUUAUUGUUCUGCCAAUUGUUGGUAAUGCAGCAGAGCAUGUUACCGCAAUCGUUGUUGCGAUGAAGAACAAGAUGGACUUGGCAAUCGGGGUUGCGGUUGGAUCAUCUUUACAAAUUGCGCUAUUCGUUACGCCUUUCAUGGUCUUGGUCGGGUGGGCAAUUGGUGUGCCAAUGAGCUUGCACUUCUCCACGUUCGAAACAGCUGUUUUGUUCAUCUCAAUGCUCAUCACAAAUUACCUGAUUUUAGAUGGUGAAAGUAACUGGUUGGAAGGUGCCAUGCUUAUCGGUACCUAUACAAUAAUCGCUUUGGCGUUCUUUUAUCUCCCUGAUAUGGACUGA